UUCCUGGGUUGACCUUUUCCCUUUUGGAAAGCACUUCCUCCAUCUCCCACUCGGCCAUUUUAAUUUAACUCAUUCAGUCACUUAUGUAAACACAACAAAGACGGCGGCGCUGCUGCACGCGUUUGAAAGGGAAGCAUGCGUAAGAAACAGAACAUGAAGCACCGGCGUGCGGAGGAGAGGGAGACGAGUGUGAGCGUGAGCGUGGUGCAGGAGUUCGUGGUGGAGAAGAUCAUUCAGCAGCGCGUCACCAACGGAAAAGUGGAGUACUUCCUCAAGUGGAAAGGCUUCACUGAUGCGGAGAACACAUGGGAGCCGGAGGACAACCUGGACUGCCCCGAGCUGAUCGAGGAGUUCCUGAGGGGAACACACACACACACACACACACACAUCCACACACACACACUCUCUCUGUCCAGGAGCAGCGGUGGGGGGGAGCAGGGGGGGCCGGGGGGGCCGGGGGGGCUCCUCACCGAGUUCCACAUCCAGCCCAAAGAGGAGGAGAUGGAGAUGGAGAUGGACACACACAGGCGUCCACUGUGCCUUGGUGAAGCUCCAGAGUUGCUCCAGGAGAGAGCUGCUGCCGCUGGAACCUUGGUGGGCCUCGCAGAACCGGAGUGCAUCAUCGGUUCCACCGACCGCCACGGGGAACUCACCUUCCUCAUCAAAUGGAAGGACAGUGAGGAGGUGGCGCUGAUGUCCGCACGGGAGGCCAGUGAGCGGAACCCUCAGAUGGUCAUCGCGUUCUAUGAGGAACGCUUUAGGUUCUCCGCAGACGAGGAACAGUAGGCUGAGAGAGGGACAGAUGCUCUUUAAGCUGCCUGCACACUGCUCCAACACACACACACACACACACACACACGCACACACACACACGCACACACACACACGCACACACACACACACACACACACACACACACACACGCACACACGCACACACACACACACACACACGCAGUGCUCAUUAUCUGUAACAUCUGCAACUUCCGUGGUUUUCAAAUCUCUUCAGUGCAAGAGGAUCGGGGGGCAUUCGAGAGCCUCAGUGUGUGUGUGUGUGUGUCUGUGUGUGUGUGUGUCUGUGUGUGUGUGUGUGUGUGUGUGUGUGUGUGUGUGUGUGUGUGUGUGUGUGUGUGUGUGUGUGUGUGUGUGUGUGUGUCUGUAGCUGUAGGAUGCUGUUGGAGUUUAAAGAGUCUUUUCAGUUGCUGCCUGAACAGUGUGGAACUGGAAGUUGGUUUAGAAGGCUGCAACCAGCCACUGACAACAACAACUGCACACAUUACGUACAUAAACAAAUGUGCAUCAUUGCUACUCCAUUUGGCCCCUGUGUUCGGGCAACACUAUAAUAUGUGACUCUCCACGGCAACACUAUAAAUAUGUGUAUUUCUAUUUAACAGACUUCUUGUGGACGCAGUAAUAGAGUGUUGGUGUGUGUUGGGCAUUGCCCAGGCAGUGUGCAGUCACCUUAAGAUG